AUGCAGUUCUCACCUGGUUACCACACAGGCUCACGACCCGACUCACGAGCCCUCAAAGUGUUGAAAGGACACGGAAUCGACACCAAUCAUAGGGCCCGACAGUUGCGCGAAGAGGACUUCCAUCGCUUUGACUACAUCUUCGGUAUGGAUGACAACAACAUUGAAGACAUCAAUGAUAUGAAGCCCAGAGGAAGCAAAGCUGUGGUCGAGUUGUUGGGCAAAUACGACCCCCAGAAGCACACCAUCAUUGAAGACCCUUAUUAUCAGAGGGGAGACCAGGGCUUUGAGACCAACUAUGAACAGUGUUUACGCUCUUGUAAUGCAUUCUUGGAUCAGUUCAAGUGA